CAAACGUGCAUUACAGCCAUACGUGAGAUAACAGGCAUUCAGGCUGCUCUGUCCAUAGCAUUCCGAAGACGAUGCUCAGUGGACAGGUCUUCGGCUGCCAACAGGUUCGGAAGUAAGCACGGUGACAAGGUCUUUCACCAUAUCAAGACGGGUUACCUACGCCAUUGAUGAGGUAGCUCUUCACGAUGGGUGGCGGUAUAAAGUCUAGGUUUAAGUUCCCUGUACCGGGUCGAUCCAGCAAAAAGCAGCAGGCGCAAACGCUUGCUGUCCCAGUCCCUCUUUCAAAAGCACAAAGGAUAUUAGGUGCGGAUGGAAUUAAUAUCGGAUCGUCGAGACUGACAGUCGAACCUAGCCGGGCGUGGGAGACAGGUUCCACCGGCGGUAUCAGCAUAUCAAUAUCUGAGAGCAGUGCGAGUGAAGCCGCGCAUGACAUUGGGUUGGAAAAGGAAUAUGGAAGGACACGUCAUUGGGAAGAGGAAUCUGCCAUCAUCCCGCGACAUAAUCGAAGUGCGCACGGCUCUGCUCACAGAGGCCUAGCGGGAAGCCGCUCACCCUAUAUCGGCGGAAACGAAUCACGCGAUAACGUAACGAAUACAUCUACAAGAGGUAGACAAUUGUCCUCGUCAACGAUUGACACUCACUACGAUGCCACGAAAAUGCCUCUUGCGAUAUCGCAGCAAACGUCGAAUUCGGCAAUGGCCAAAGGUCUUCCAACAAAGGUGAACGAGCUCCUGGACAUAGAUGGAAGCUUGGCGGGCCCGCAAACUAUGAAAAAGAAGAAACCUGCGAAGCUUGACUUUUCGCGCUUACGGCCGAAGGGACACAAGGACCGCACCCGCAACUCCCCUAAUACCGAUCCCAUUCUAGGCAAUAAUUAUGUUAUGCGUUCGCCAUCAUUCAUGGCGCAAACGCCAAGGUCGCCCAUGAUGUCAGGCUCUACAGUGGAAGAACGUCAGAGAACUCCGCGAAAGCUCAUGAAACAGCACACUGUCCAACAGUCUCGGUCAAAGGGCGUCACUGAAGCUACUGGAUUGCACCAACUCUAUCACCAUUACGAGCAGAUGUCAUUCCAGGAUGAGCAGCAAUUCGUGGAGGAGGUUGAACCGGAGCACUUAGCAGCGUACUCGGAACGAAGUUCAGAUAGGCCUAGACCGGCUAGCAUAUUUACACAUAGCCUCAUCGCACCGCUACCCGUAAUAAUAUCGCGGGGACAAGACGCAAGGUCCAAUCACUCACGCAAUAAUUCUCACGAUAGUCGAGUCGCUGCGUCGAUAGCCGAGUCGACCGCUGGGCUCCAGGUACAUCCUGCAUCUAGAGGAGACUAUGCCGGCAGCAUAUCAAGCCGGCAUACACGAACAUCAAAAGCCUCACCUUCAAGCAAGAGCUUAUUGGAGUCAGACCGGUUACAGAGCAGUGUAUUAUCUCUAUCGGAUUCUUCAGAUGAUGAGGCUAUCGGCCCAACAUCGUCGACGCCUAGUCAUCGUGAAGGUGUCAUAGAUGAUGAAAUUCCCGAAUAUCCAGUUCCAAAUAGAGCGCCGCAGAAUUUCAAUCAUCUACAUGGAGUCGCGAGCCCAAGGAAGUUCACACCUUCCCUCAACCAGGUAGAUGAGCAUCUCGCUGUGAAAUCUGCACCACGAGCUCAUACUAGUCGGUCGCCAUCAAACUACACUGGUCGCUCCAGUCAAUCCUCUAUGAGCACGCUAACUUCGGCACAUCCAACGGUUCCCUUCACUCCAGCCUCCCGAAUAUCGUCGAGAUCUGCUGACACCAUUGAUACAAUGGUUUUUGCUCAUCAGGCAGGUUACAGCGUUCAAGAAGCCACAACUGUGUCAUUCGUGCCAUUGGUUUCCACAGUGGAAGCUGCAUCUAACGUCUCCUUAACCGAUGAUGCCCACCAUCUAGAAAAAGUUCUAUUACGUCAAAAUAGCACUGCUACAUCCCGUGUCUCUCAUUCCUCGGAUCAACCGACCCCACCGCUAUCACCUAACAGUAUGGAAUUUUAUAUGCCAUCCCGUGAAUCACUCCAAAGACAAGCGAUGGCAAAUGGCUCCAGUGAAGCUCACAACGCGCGUAUGAUGGCAGUCACAAGACAGGAAGAGAUGCUAUUGGCGGCACUACGACAGAAGAGGGCUAAGAUGCGUGAGACGACGAUUUCGGAAUCUGAAGAGGAUGGGAGUAGCCGAGCAGACAUUUCAAAUCGAGGCAGCCCCCAGAAUGUGAAAAGGUCAAGCCCAACUAGCAACCGGGAGACACUCGGGCCUCUCGUCAACCCUUGGCCGAAGAGAGCCUCUUCACUCUUCGUGACCGGCUCUCAGUCGCGUGACGUUGACGUGCCCUCAACAGCGAGCCGGAGCGACGCUACUGAUAGGACCUCAACAUCAGCUACCGGAUCUACGUCUUUGGCGACGCCCGAUUCUCGACACGAACAAAUUUCUUUGUAUCUUGACCACCCCAUUGAUGACACUAACACGAGAGACACGAGCCUGGACUUUAGCGACGACUACAUGGAUGACAGUGAUGGAGAAGAUCUCAUAGUCAACGAGCGACGUUCUAGCCGCAUGCAAUCUAGGCGUGACAGCGCAUCCGGGCCGGUUCGAGGGCGUAUAAGUGGCAGCACUGGUAAUCGACGGGGUAGUAGCAGUUAUAGCAGCCGGUCCCAAACUGACUCGAUAUCCACCGAUUCCCUGGGCGCCCCGGCGAGAGUACGACGAUUACAAGACGUGCCUGAAGUCGAAUCCCGGCCUCCGUACAUUGAGUAUGAAGAUGAUGAGGAUGAUCUAGGCGACCUUGGUCUCGAUGGAUUUCCGCAGCCGCCAAUGCCGCCGCCGUCUUGGCCACUACCCCCUCGGCCAGGAAAACCCUCGACCCAAAAUCCAAAUAGCCCUCCAUCUGCUGACUUUCUCCACCCGUCGAGCGCGAUGCAACAGGGUCUCUCACCCGAGCGUAAAAUUGGCCAUGUAAAAAGUAAGAGGAGCAUGGUACGGUUAAGCGCCGUUGGAAGCCCAACCUCUCCAAUGCCUUGGAUGGGUGACGAUAACUGAAAGCAACACACCUUUUGACGACUUAAAAUACACUACACAGAAUCACGAUACCUCAGAACCAGUCACUCUAACCGCCCUCCUUUACUACCUUCUUUUUUUUUAUAAUUGACACACCUACCGAUAGACGGGUCUGUCAAAUUCAAGACAUUACUCGGCAGAGUACGCCGAACUAAUUAUACUUCAUAUGUAACUAUAUACUACAUUGCAUUCAGC